GAUGACCUGGGUUAAACUUUACACAUUCUCCAAAUCUGAUGCCAAGUCAUCUUAUCAGGCAUCUUUUAUAGAUUAUUGUAUAGUUACUAAAGUACAAGUUCAAAGUACGGUCAUUAUAAAUGCUAAUCCAGAUUUCUAUAAAUGCUCUGUCUUGCAGUCUCUUCCCCUCACUCUCCAGCACUGCAGUUCUUUCUUUGACACUUUUCUUUUAAACGUCUUUGCUGAAAAAAAUGGCCACAGCUGGAAAGGUCAUAAAGUGCAAGGCAGCAGUGGCCUGGGAGCCCAAACAGCCUUUGGUAAUUGAGGAGAUUGAGGUAGCCCCGCCCCAGGCCAAUGAGGUCCGCAUCAAGAUUGUCGCGACUUCAGUGUGCCACUCGGACCUCAUCCCCCUUUUUGAGACUAUGCAGGAAGAUGGCUUCCCAAUAGUCCUCGGCCACGAGGCAGGCGGCAUCGUAGAGAGCGUUGGGCCUGGAGUCACUGAAUUUCAGCCAGGAGACAAGGUUCUUCCUCUGUUCAUCUCUCGGUGUCGAGAAUGUCGCUUCUGUAAGAACCCAAAGACCAACCAGUGUGAGGAAGGACGCAUGAAUUUGAAAGUGAUGGCACCACCGGAGUCCAGGAUCACUUGUAAGGGGAAACAGUUGCUGCAGUUUAUGGGAACCAGUACCUUCUCUGAGUACACUGUGGUUAACCAGAUCGCUGUGGCUAAGAUUGACCCCGCUGCCCCUUUGGACAAAGUCUGUCUUAUUGGCUGUGGGAUCUGCACAGGAUAUGGAGCAGCAGUUAAUUCUGCUAAGGUGGAACCAGGCUCCACAUGUGCUGUGUUCGGCCUUGGAGCUGUGGGCUUGGCUGCAGUCAUGGGCUGCAAGGCUGCAGGAGCCAAGAGGAUUAUUGCUGUUGACAUCAAUCCGGAGAAGUUUGAAAAGGCCAAGGUGUUUGGUGCAACUGAAUGUGUGAAUCCUAAGGAUCACAGUAAACCCAUCAAUGAAGUGCUCUCUGAGAUGACUGAUGGAGGAGUGGACUUCUCUCUGGAAUGUGUUGGGAAUGUUGGAGUCAUGCGCAGUGCCUUGGAGUCUUGUGUGAAAGGUUGGGGUGUCAGUGUGAUUGUUGGCAUCUCAGCCAUGGCUGACGUUGCUGUCAGACCCAUUCAGCUAAUCGCUGGACGCACAUGGAAGGGCUCUGUAUUUGGAGGCUUUAAGGGGAGGGAUGAUGCACCUCAGAUGGUUAAAGCUUACCUGGACAAGAAGUUGAAGCUGGAUGAGUUCAUCACUCACAACAUGGCUUUGGACCAAAUCAAUGAUGCCAUUGAACUGAUGAAGCACGGCAAAUGCAUCCGGGCAGUCCUGAAUGUUUCUCCACAAUAAGACCACUGCGUUGCCUUGAGUGACACUCAAAACUCACAGUCAGCCCUUUGAAAAAAAUCUCUUGAAUACCUAGUGUCCUUCUGGGUUUUGUCUGUCUUAUGUGUCACUCUGAGGACAAUACUGAGAUGCAAUGAGAGUCAGGAUUUUAACAAUGAUUUGCUUUUUGAGAACGCUUCUUUUCAAAGACAUCUACUACUUGAAUCAGACAUGUGUGGCAUCUUAGAGUGGAAUAAGUCUUCUCAUCUAACUCUCAAGAAAUAAACAUUUUCCACCUAAUGUGUUGAACUAUUCAUUUAAGUCCUUUCAUCCAAUGUACGUCGAUAAAUCAUGAACUUUGUUCUUUAUUUAACACAGGC